UGCGCUUGCGCAUAGUGUUGUUGUCAGAAAAAUGGCGGCACUCCUGCAGCAGGAGUUGGAAAGUUCCGAGAUAUCCAAGCUACCGAAAUCUAUUCAAAACAAACUCGAGAAGAUUCUGUCGGAUCAGCAGUAUGAAAUUGAUUCUUUGAAAGCGCAACAGGAACAAUUUCGGGUUGACAGCGAGCAACAUUUCUUUGAGAAAGUGAAACAACUUGCUCAGUGUCAGGAAGAGUUUUUGUCCCAGACUCAAGAACACCUUAAGCUCAAAGAGGAGUUUACUAAGCUCGACGAGGAACUGAAAACUGUGCGUGAGAAGAACAAGGAAUAUGAAUCCACUCAAGAGAGGUUGUCAUCAGAGAAGACUGUGCUGUCAAAAGCCAAAGAGGAGCUGGAGGCAGAAAAGAGAGAACUUGUGCGAACACUGGAGAGGAGAGCCCUGGAAGUGGAGCAUUUAAAUGAUGACUUCAGGCAACUCAAUGAUAAGUUGGUGGAAGUCAGCACCUCUAAGAUGAGCCUGCAGAUGAAGUUAGAUGAACUUGAGACGGCUGAAGUCAACAUUAAAUACAAAGAAAAGCGAAUGGAACAAGAGAAGAAGCUCCUGCAUGACCAAACAUCUUGGCUGAAUGAGGAGUUGAAAGCUAAGAGUGAGGAACUGCUGUCCCUGUCUCGACAGAAGGGAAACCAGAUCCUGGAACUGACAUGCAAACUGGAGAACAAGGAAGAUGAGUUGAACAGACUCCAAGACCAAGUGAGCAGUUUGAAGACUUCAAAUGAACACCUUCAGAAACAGAAUGAGGACUUGAUAAGCAAAUUAAAAGAAGCCAAGGAACAACAAGCCACCAUGGAGGAAAAGUUCAGAAAUGAGCUGAAUGCCAAUAUUAAGCUAUCCAAUCUAUACAAGGGAGCAGCAGCAGAUUCUGAGGCAAAAAGUGAGGAGCUGAGCCAAGCGGUGGAGGAGCUGCAUAAACUGCUGAAGGAUGCUGGAGAAGCCAACAAGGCCGUUGAGGAGAAGUUACAGGAGAUGAAUGAUGCUAAAGACAAGAGUGUUGCUGAGCUAAAGGAGAGGAUCCAGGUUCUUGAGAAAGAGCUAGAUAACGCCAAUGAGCUGCUGUCCAGUUCUAAAUUUAAAGGGCCUGUCGGUUCAGCAUCUGUGCUCACAGAGGAGCAAAUGACAACCAUGUCUCCAACAGCAGCUGCUGUAUCCAAGUUAAAACCUGACAUGAAGCUGACAGAGUUGUAUACAGCAUAUGUGGAGAGCCAGGAGCAGCUGCAGUUGGAGCGACUGCAGAACAAGCGGGUCAACAAGUACCUGGAUGACAUUGUGCAGGAAGUGGAAGCAAAGGCCCCUAUCCUCAAACGGCAACGUGAUGAGCAUGAACGCAUGCAGAAGUCAGUGACCAGUCUUUCUGCCAAGCUGGAGCAAGCUGUUAAGGAGGUGCACCGUCUGCAGAAGGAGGCUGAUGAAGCUAACAAGCGCUCAUCUGUUCUGGAAAGGGAAAACCAGAGGUGUGAAAUGCAGCUGGGCGACAUGGCUCAGCAGGUACGUGUGCUGCUGAUUGAGCUGGAAGAGGCUCGUGGAAACCAUGUGGUUCAUGACGAGGAAGUGAGCUCAGCCGACGUCAGCAGCACCUCAGAGGUGAUCAGCCAGCACUUGGUGACCUUCCGCAGCGUAGAGGAGCUACAGAAGCAGAACCAGCGUCUUCUGGUGGCCCUCAGAGAGCUCAGCGAUUCCCAGGAGAAAGAGGAGUUUGAGAUUACUGGCAAUAAGCGUGGUGAACUAGAGCAGAGUUUGGAGAAAGCUCAGGUUGAGCUGGAGUCCCUGAAGGAGCAACGUAGCCAACAGGUCAAGAUGACGGAGUCCAUUGUGAGACAGAGGGACAUGUAUCGUGUGCUGCUGGCUCAGGCAACUGGUGUCAGCUUCCCUCAGCAAGGUACUCCACCUGAGGAGUUGUCCCUAACCUCCACCCCGCGACGCUCACCUGCAGCCAUUCCCACUGCAGGAACUCCCACUGCAAUUGUCUCCAUGGCUACGGAGUCAGCUGAGGCACUGGAGGCCAAGGCAGCUUUGCGACAAUUGCAGGAGGUGUUCUCCACCUACAAGAAGGAGCGCGUGGAGAGUGACAAGGUACUGACAGGGCAAAACGACAGGCUCCAGGAGCAGCUUUCUGAACUCCGCUCACAAAAUGCCAAGAUUUCCACCCAACUGGAUUUUGCCUCUAAGAGGUAUGAGAUGCUGCAGGACAACGUUGAGAGCUACAGGAAAGAGAUCGCUUCCCUCAGAGAGAAGGAACAGAAGAUGGCCGCUGCCACACAGAAGCAUGAGCAGACCAUCCACUCUUUGAAUGAGGAUCUGAGAGCUGCCAAAGAGAAACUUGCCAUGGCUGAGGGCCAUGCUGAGAACCUGCGCAAGGAGAGAGACAUGCUGAAGCUUGUGGAGUCCAGGCUGAAUCAGGAGAAAGACGCAAUCCUGAGCCAACAGCAGACCCAGAACCUGCUGCUGACAAACCUCCAGACAAUUCAGGCCACCCUUGAGCGUUCAGAGACGGAUACACGUCAACGUCUAAACAGUCAGCUGGAGAAGCAGGAACGAGAGAUCUCCCAGUUGCAGAAGAGGUUGGAGCACGAGGUGGAGCAGCGUCACCUCCUCAGCAGGAACCAUGAAAUCCAGUUGAUGGAUGUAAAGAGGCAGCUGGAAACACAGAUGGCUUUGCAAAAGAAGACCAAGGAGCUGCUGAAUGCUGCUGAGUUAGAGGUCCACACCUUCAGGCUGCAGCAAGGCAGUAAUGAAGCACUUCACACCCUGAACUCCCCCUCAACAUCCAUUAUAAGAGGCCUGCAGGGUUCAGAUCAAGACAGCGAGGACCUACAGGGCCGCCUGCGCUUGGCUGAAACCCGGGCAGAGGAGCUUGCGGAGAGUCUCAGAGCUGUCACCUCCAGCAUGGAGCAGUACAGAGCAAUGGCUCAGAGCCUGGAGGAGUCCCUGGACAAGGAGAAACAGGUUACGGAGCAGGCGCGCUCAUCCAUCGAAGCUCAAAUGAAGGAGGCUGAGAGGCGCCACCAACAGCUUGAGGAGAAGCUUCUGGAAGCAGAGAAAGUGAAGCAAGACUUAGAAGAGGAGAAGAGGAGACUCCAGGAAUCUCUGGAGGAGGAGAUGAACAGUCUAAGGAGAAGUCUCAGCAGUGCCCAAGCAGAUCACCAGGCGGCGCUACAGCGAGUGGCAUUAACUGAGGCCCAACAGCAACAAGCUCAGCAAGACAGCCAGGAGCAGGCUAAGCUGGCAGCUGAAGCACAAGAUAAGUAUGAGCGGGAGAUGAUGCUGCAUGCAGCAGAUGUGGAGGCCAUGCAGGCUGCUAAGGCUCAGGCCCUGCAGGCCAUCGAGCUCAGACACCAGCUGGAGGAGAGAGUCCAGAGGGUCAGUGCUGAGCUACUGGAAGCCAGGAUCUCCUGGGAGGAACAGGAAAAGAUCCUUAAGGAGGAGAUGUCCAAGAUGGAGAACCGCAGUGAGGAGUUGCAGAGGCAGAACACCCUCCUGCAUGAGCAGAUCCAGACGAUGAGCAGCAAGAUGGCUGACAAUUUGCAGCGUGCUGCCAGUGAGAGUCCGCUGAACAUCUCUCUGACUGAAGAGGGCAAAUCUCAAGACCAGGUCCUCGAGAUUCUCAGGUUUGUUCGGCGCGAGAAGGAGAUUGCGGAGUCUCGUUUUGAGGUUGCGCAAGGUGAGAGCUUGCGUUACCGUCUGAGGGUGGAGCACCUGGAACGAGAGCUGAAGGAGGUGCAGGACAGCUUGAGUGCCACAAAGGAGAGGAUGCAGGUGACGGCGAAGACCCUGGCUCAGCACGAUGAGUUGAUGAAGAAGACAGAAACGAUGAGCAUCCUGAUGGAGACCAACAAGAUACUGAGAGAAGAAAAGGACAAGAUGGAGCAAGAACUGCAGCAAACACAAGCUAAGGUGCAGAAGCUGGAGUCCGACAUCAUGCCACUGCAGCAGGCCAACUCCGAGCUGAGUGAGAAGAGCGGCAUGCUGCAGGCAGAGAAGAAGAUACUGGAAGAGGAGAUCAAACGUUGGAAAGCUCGGACCCAGCAUUUGGUGAGCCAGCAAAAAGAUUCAGAUCCAGAAGAGUACAAGCGUCUGCACUCUGAAAAAGAGGCACAUCUCAAACGCAUUCAGCAGCUCGUUGAGGAGAACACAAGGCUUAAAGCAGAGGUUGCCAGGACCAAUAAUCUAACAACAUCCCUGCAAAGCCAGAUACAGAACCUGCGUGAUGGCAUGAGUAAGAUAACUGAUGAGAGGAAUGCUCUCAAGAAGGAAGUGGGGGCCAAGAACCAGGACAUCCAGGAGAAGAUGCGAACUAUAACACAGGUCAAGAAGAUUGGACGUCGCUACAAGACUCAGUAUGAUGAACUCAAAGUGGAACACGACAAGAUGGUUGCUGAGACUGCCGCAGGCCCUUCACAAGACGAGGAGGCUCGUCAAGCCUCAGUUCAGGAGGUACAGAGCCUGAGGGAUUCUCUAAGUCAGGCCGAAGCCAAGAUCAGAGAGCUCGAGGGACAGCUGGAGAACAUCAACAAGGUGGUCACAGAGCGUGAGACUGAAGGACGUAAUGCCCAGGAACAGUCCACCAGACUGCAGACAGAGCUGACCAGGCUGAGGCAGGAGCUGCAGGAUAAAGCUGCUCAGGAGGACACACUGAGGCAGCAGAUGACUGAGAAGGAGGAGAAGACCAGGAAGGCCAUCAUUAUGGCCAAGCAGAAGAUCAACCAGCUCAUAGGUGCCAAAGAGAAGCUGCAGAAAGAAAACGAGGAGCUAAAGCAGCAGCGUGAGGAGCUUGAGGUGCGAGUUAGUGCUCUCAAGUCUCAGUACGAGGGCCGCCUGAGUCGACAGGAGAGAGAACUGAGAGAUCUGCGAGGCCAACAGGAGAGGCAGGAGCAGAGAGAUGAGCCACCUGAGGCAGGUCCCAGCAAGACUCAGGAGCAGCAGAGGAGCACAGAACAGAGGCAGAUCAGUCUGAAGACAACCCCAGCUGCAGACAGGGGCAGUGCCAGCACAUCUGAGCCUCCGACUGCCAACAUAAAGCCAACACCUGUAGUGGCUACAGCCAGUAAGCAGCCUGUUAAUCCCGGCAACAAACCCACCCCAAGAGCAAGCAUCAGGCCAAUGAUCACCCCAGCAACAGUACCCACCCCAACACCAACGGCUACAGUCAUGCCCACAACACAGGUGGAGAGCCAGGAAGCCAUGCAGUCUACUGAAGGCCCACCAGUGGAACAUGUGACUGUGUACGGCAGUGCCAGCGGCUCAGUGCGCUCUGCCAGCCCCAACGUCCAGACCACUUUAGCCAGCCCCAUGCUAACCGUGCAGCAGACCCAGACACAGGCCACAGCGUUUGUUCAACCAACUCAGCAGCAGAGCCUGACCCAUACAGAGCCAGCCAACCAGGAGCCGCCGCCUGUGGUCAUUGAGGCGACGCCUAGCUCGCAGGUGGAAUGGCCUUCAGCGUCCUCCACCUCCUCUGUGUUUGGGACCGUUUCAGCAACGCCAGGAACCUCCUCCAUGUCCAAGAGGCCUCGAGAUGAGGAGGAGAGCGCCACCGUGGUCACCGACACAGAGUCCACCCAGGAGGAUCCCUCCAGGGCUCCUAUAUCUAAGAAGCUGCGCAUCAUCCAGAGAGUGGGUCCAGAUGAGGAUGUGUUGGUGGAGGACAGUGCUGAGGCUGAGGGGGUGGUGCCAACAGACAGCGACGGCGCAGAAGCAAGCCAGACGGAGGAGUUUCCAACACUCGAGGAAGGAGAUGAGGGUGCAGCCUCCCAGUCUGUCGCAAUGGAACAAGAGGUGACCCUGAGCCAAAGUGACACACCUGACCAGCUGGAGCAGGAAGUAAUCGUCAUAGUGACGGACACGGAGAGCGAGAAUGACCAAGAAGAGGACGAUGAAGAGGAAGAAGAGCAGGACUACGAUGAAGAGGAGGAAGAGGAGGACGAAGAGGAGGAGGAGGAUGAGGAGGACGAGGAGGAAGAUGAUGGAGAGAUGGGAGAGGAAGGAGAGGACAGCAACGAGGGGAGCGGAGACGGCAACGAGGCUUACGAAGGAGACGACACUGAGGGAGCUGAUGUAACAGACCCGGGCACGGAGACAGAGGAGAGUUUGGGGGCGUCUGACUCCACCCAGAGGCCAGCAGAUUCCCAGACACCCAGCUUCGAGGGCAGCACAAUGGAGGCCUUCUCUACAGAUCAACCAAUCACAAGCUCUGGUACAAGGGUGCCCCAGUCGCCACGGAGACCAACACAUCAGCUGCCCCCUCGCCUGAACAUCCACCCUGCCCCGACCUCAGAGCUGGGGCCGCCGGCUCAAGUUCAGCGUAUUCCUGUCCGUCGAGUCCCCCAGCUCACUCCUGGAGUGUCGGGAAGCGCCCAGCACUUCUUUGAUGAUGAUGACAGGAUGGUUCCCAGCACUCCCACUCUGGUGGUGCCACACCGCUCUGAUGGUUUUGAUCAGGCCAUCCACUCUCCCCAAGUGGCAGGUGUGCCUCGCUUCAGGUUUGGUCCUUCAGAUGAUAUGCCACAGACCAGCUCCUCCUCACACUCUGACCUGGGACAGCUCGCGUCACAAGGAGGUCUUGGUAUGUAUGAAAGCCCCUUGUUUUUAGCAACUCACGAAGAGGAGUCGGGUGGACGCAGCGUUCCCACUACACCGCUACAAGUUGCGGCGCCAGUAACUGUCUUCUCAGAGGUGGCUCAGUCUGACACCACUGAGCUCGCCUCCCAGUCGGUUCCUAUGGUGAGCACCUCCACACCAGGCCUGGUUGUGCCAGGAGCAGCCGGCACAGGGGAGGAGAGAGACGACCUCUUCCUGGAGCCAGACGCUGACAGGUCUAGUGCAGAAGUGUCAGUGGAUCCAGUGGUCUCACAGGCAGAUGUAGAGGAGCCAAGCCAGCCAUCCGACAAGGCCAACCUCCCCUCCACCAGCCAGGAGCCCUCCUCUAGCUCUGCAGAUACAAGCAGUGCUCCUCCAAAACCCUCUAGACCCGGACCCAGCCGACAGCUGCAGCGCUGGCCAGAAAACCGUGGUGGGCGCAUGAAGAGAGGAGGGCAGGGAUUUCCUUCUCGGGGCGUACAAGGGAGACGAUUUGCGAGAUGAAGCACUAAAUGUGAAAACUUGACCAACUUUCAGAAACACAUUUCCCAAUCAGAGCUUUGAUAAUGUUCACUUCCUCUGAAGCCUGUUUUUUUUUUUGUUUGUUUGUUUGUUGUUUUUAUUUUUGAUUUUUAAGGCGCUUGUAAAGUACCCUUUGAAAUCAGUCCAUGCUGAAGCUGUGCAUUUUAAUGAGGAAUGUAAUAAACAUUUAAACUAUAGGAAAAA